GGUACUUGAACUCAGCUUCACUUGAUAUCUUCUUCACUUGUGAGAUAAGAGAACCCAGUUCCAGUGUGGUCAAAGGAGCUUGUUUUGGUUAGUGAUAAUGGCUCUUCGUGCUGCUUCUGUGGUUUCCUCUGCUUUCUCUGCUCCCAAGGAGGGAAAGCCGUGUGCUUCUUUCAAGGAUUCAACCCUGUUUGGAGUCUCAUUCUCUGAAAAUCUCAAGGCUGAUUUCAGCUCUGUUGCACUAAGCUGCAAGAGAGAGUUCAAGCCAGUGAGGGCUCAAACAGCAGCCACAGCAUCCCCAGCAAUCAACAAGUCCACUUCAGAUGGGAAGAAGACUCUGAGAAAAGGCAGUGUAGUGAUCACUGGUGCCUCCUCUGGACUUGGUCUAGCCACAGCCAAGGCAUUGGCCGAAACCGGGAAAUGGCAUGUGAUUAUGGCAUGCAGGGAUUUCCUUAAGGCUGAAAGAGCUGCCAAGGCAGCUGGGAUGCCGAAAGAGAACUACACUAUCAUGCAUCUAGACCUUGCUUCUCUAGACAGCGUUCGGCAAUUUGUUGACAACUUCAGAAGAUCGGAACGCCCCCUUGAUGUUCUGGUCUGCAAUGCUGCUGUGUAUUUACCGACUGCUAAGGAGCCUACUUACACUGCUGAUGGAUUUGAACUUAGUGUUGGAACUAACCAUCUUGGACAUUUCCUUCUUGCGCGGUUGAUGCUUGAGGAUUUGAACAAAUCCGAUUACCCUUCAAAGAGACUCAUCAUUGUUGGCUCAAUUACAGGGAACACAAACACUUUGGCUGGAAAUGUACCUCCAAAGGCCAACCUUGGGGAUUUGAGGGGACUUGCAGGGGGUGUAAAUGGGGUCAACAGCUCGGCCAUGAUUGAUGGUGGAGACUUUGACGGUGCCAAGGCUUACAAGGACAGCAAAGUCUGCAACAUGCUCACAAUGCAAGAGUUCCACAGGCGCUAUCACGAGGAGACUGGGAUCACAUUCGCUUCCCUUUACCCCGGUUGCAUUGCCACAACUGGCUUGUUCAGGGAGCACAUUCCCUUGUUCAGGCUCCUGUUCCCUCCAUUCCAGAAGUACAUCACCAAGGGUUAUGUCUCUGAAGAAGAAUCCGGAAAGAGACUUGCUCAGGUUGUAAGCGACCCAAGCUUGACAAAGUCAGGAGUCUACUGGAGCUGGAACAAGACCUCUGCUUCAUUUGAGAACCAACUGUCUGAAGAAGCCAGUGAUGCAGACAAGGCUCGCAAGCUGUGGGAAGUCAGUGAGAAGCUUGUCGGUUUGGCUUAAAUAAGAAGUCUGAUGCUCUUGUCAAGCAACAUUUUCUUUGGAGGAUGAUGUCACCAGAGAAUUGAUCAGUUCUAUUUGUAGAGUGCAGAGUUAGAAUGCUCUGCUGUUGUAAGCAGUUUUUCUCGUGUGGUUGACUAGUGUUAGUUAAAAAAUCAAUAAAAUCACUCGCCUCUUUUGCAAAGUGC